UGGCUUCAUAAAGUAGUUCCAAUUGGCACACGGUACACAAUGUCGAGCGCCAGCAGCUGUGCGCAUUAAUUAAAAUAAAAUAAAUAUUCGCUUCGUGCGAAAAAGAGUUCGUUGACAAAAUUUUGAAGUAAACCGAUCCGUGGAUGUAGAUGUGGAGUUAGUCAUAAAACUGGAUAUGAGCGUCUGAUAAAUGCAAUUAGCCAACAGUCGCGCAACGAGCUCGCGUCGCGGUGGUUAAGCAAAGUUGAACUUAUAAAGACGAAUACAAAUUAUUAUUGUGUUGCAAUUAGACAAGUCGCACACGCACACGAGCACACACUCACACACGCGCACAUAGAUAUUUUCGGUUUUUUAUACAGUUUUUUAUACACAGAUACGGACACCCACACACGCGCGCUUGUAAAUUGUAACAAGAAACCGAGUCCAAUUAGACCAACCAAUAACAAAGCAUCAAAUCGAAUCGGAAUCGGAAUCGGGUCAGUGAAAUGCAAAUUUCAAUAUAGAAUUAUUUGAAAUAGAAACAAAAGAGAAGAGGAUAGGAAAUGAAUGACAACCAAAACGCGAAUGCGAAAAAUGCGCAAAAUCCAAUCGAACAGCUGACCAAAAGGGCGCCAACACCAGACUCACUCAGUGAGCAGAAACCACAGCAGCAGCAACAGCAACAGCAACAACAAGUGGCCAUGGCCACUGUUCGCCUGCCCAUUGUGGGCAUGACCUGUGGAUCGUGCGUACGUAACAUUGAAACACAGGUGGGUCAGCUGCCAGGGGUGCUGAACGCACGCGUCCAACUGGAGGAGGCCGCUGGGUACUUCGACUACGAGCCCAGCCAAAUGGACGCCGAGCGCAUCGCCAACACCAUCGACGACAUGGGCUUCGACUGCAGCUACGACCCCGUGGUGAGCCCGGUCAGCGCCAGUGCGGACAUCCGCGUCCUGGGCAUGACCUGUCAGUCGUGUGUGCGCAACAUCGAGUCGCAUAUAUCCGGCAUUGCUGGCGUGCAGCGCAUCCAGGUGCAGCUGGACGAGAAGUGUGCGCGCGUCCAGUACGAUCCACAGCAGUUGACAGCGGCGCAAAUCGCCGAGAUGAUCGAUGACAUGGGCUUCGACGCGAGCGUGGCCAGUGGGACGACACAGACGACGACGACAGCGACGCCUAGACAGUCGCCCAAACAGUCGCCCAGACAAUCGCCCAGGCAGUCGCCCAGGCAAUCGCCCGUGAAGCAACAGAUGGGCAAUGGAACUAGCAAAGCCGUCGGCCAGGUGCAGCUGCCCAUCGAGCAGGAGAUGCUGACCAAGUGCUUCCUGCACAUCCGCGGCAUGACCUGCGCCAGCUGCGUGGCGGCCAUCGAGAAGCACUGCCGCAAGAUUUAUGGCCUGGACACGAUCCUGGUCGCCCUGCUGGCCGCCAAGGCGGAGGUCAAGUACAAUGCAAAUGUUGUAACAGCCGAAAACAUUGCCAAGUCAAUAACCGAACUCGGCUUUCCCACCGAGCUCAUCGAUGAGCCCGACAACGGCGAGGCCGAGGUGGACCUGGAAAUCUCGGGCAUGACCUGCGCCUCCUGUGUCCACAAGAUCGAGAGUCACGUGCGCAAGCUGCGCGGUGUGACGGCUGCCUCGGUCACAUUGUUGACAAAGCGCGGCAAGUUCCGCUACACAACGGAGGAAACGGGUCCGCGCAGCAUAUGUGAAGCGAUCGAGGCGCUCGGCUUCCAGGCCAAGCUGCUCAGCGGCCGGGACAAGAUGGCGCACAAUUACCUGGAACACAAGGAGGAGAUCAGAAAGUGGCGAAAUGCGUUCCUCAUCUCGCUGAUCUUCGGCGGUCCAUGCAUGGUGGCCAUGAUCUACUUCAUGCUGGAGAUGCGGGACAAGGGUCAUGCAAGCAUGUGCUGCCUCGUGCCGGGGCUGUCCAUGGAGAAUCUGGUCAUGUUCCUGCUGUCAACGCCCGUUCAGUUCUUCGGCGGCUAUCACUUCUAUGUACAGUCGUAUCGUGCCAUCAAGCAUGGUACCACCAACAUGGACGUGCUCAUCUCCAUGGUGACGACCAUCUCGUAUGUCUACUCCGUGGCUGUGGUGAUUGCGGCUGUGCUGAUGGAGCAGAAUAGCUCGCCUCUGACCUUCUUCGAUACGCCGCCUAUGCUGCUGAUCUUCAUUUCGCUUGGACGCUGGCUGGAGCACAUAGCCAAGGGAAAGACGUCGGAGGCGCUGUCCAAGCUGCUCUCACUGAAAGCGGCCGAUGCGCUGCUCGUCGAGAUCUCACCCGACUUUGACAUAAUCAGCGAGAAGACUAUAUCCGUCGACUAUGUUCAGCGUGGGGAUGUACUGAAGGUGAUACCCGGGGCCAAGGUGCCCGUCGAUGGCAAAGUGCUCUUCGGCCAUUCCAGCUGCGAUGAGUCCCUCAUCACGGGCGAGUCGAUGCCGGUGGCUAAGCGCAAGGGCGCCGUUGUCAUUGGCGGGUCGAUCAAUCGGAACGGCGUGCUCCUCGUCGAGGCGACGCACACCGGCGAGAAUACGACGCUGGCGCAGAUCGUGCGACUCGUCGAGGAGGCCCAAACCUCGAAGGCUCCUAUCCAACAGUUGGCCGACCGCAUUGCCGGAUACUUUGUGCCCUUUGUGGUGGCCAUAUCGACCAUAACGCUCAUCGGCUGGAUCAUUGCCGGCUUCGCCGAUCCCGAUCUGGUGCCAGUGGCCCAUGAGCACAAGAUGCAUAUGGAUCGUAAUACGAUUGUCAUUAGUUACGCCUUCAAUUGUGCUCUCAGCGUGCUGGCCAUUGCCUGCCCAUGUGCCUUAGGCCUGGCCACGCCCACAGCUGUUAUGGUGGCCACUGGCACUGGUGCUACGAAUGGUGUGCUGGUCAAAGGAGCCACAGCCCUGGAAAAUGCCCAUAAGGUCAAGACUGUUGUCUUCGACAAGACGGGCACCAUAACGCACGGCACUCCGAUGACCAGCCGGGUAACGCUGUUCGUGCCGCCACAGGUGUGCAGCCUGGCCCGGGCCUUGACUAUCAUUGGCGCCGCGGAGCAGAACAGCGAACAUCCCAUUGCCUCGGCCAUCGUGCACUUCGCCAAGGACAUGCUGAGUGUGCAGAAUAGCUUUGGCAAGAGCUCGAAUUUUCAGUCGGUGCCUGGGUGCGGCAUUCGGGCCACCGUCUCCAACUACGAGCAGGCAUUGCGGCAGGCCUGCAAUGCGGAGCGCAUCAUCAACUAUGAGAACCUGUGCCGCGCCCAUCCACACACUGCCAUCGCCGUGGACAACGGCGCCAGCAUAGACCAGUUGCAGCUGCAGGAGAAGUACAUCGAGCAGCAGCUGCUCGCCUUGGAUGGGGCCCUCGAUCUGGAACAGCGCCAGCAGCACCCACAGCUCGACCAGCAGCAGGCACUGAUCGAUGGGCACGAGAUCAAUGUGCUCAUCGGCAAUCGCGAGUGGAUGCAGCGCAACGGCAUCGAGGUGCCACUGGAGAUUAGCGACUGUAUGACACGUGAGGAGCACAAGGGACACACGGCCGUCCUCUGUGCCCUCAAUGGGCAGCUGGUUUGCAUGUUUGCCGUCGCCGACAUGGUCAAGCCGGAGGCUCAUCUGGCUGUCUACACGCUCAAGCGCAUGGGCAUCGACGUGGUUCUGCUGACGGGCGACAACAAGAACACCGCGGCCAGCAUUGCCCGUGAGGUGGGCAUACACACAGUUUAUGCGGAAGUGCUGCCCUCGCAUAAAGUGGCCAAGAUCCAGAGGAUUCAGCAGCGCGGCAUACGCGUGGCCAUGGUGGGCGAUGGCGUCAACGAUAGUCCCGCCUUGGCGCAAGCCGACGUGGGCAUCACCAUCGCAGCGGGCACAGAUGUGGCCGCAGAGGCAGCGGACAUUGUGCUGAUGCGCAACGAUCUGCUGGACGUGGUCGCCUGCCUGGAUCUGUCCCGGUGCACAGUGCGUCGCAUUCGCUACAAUUUCCUGUUUGCCAGCAUGUACAACCUGCUGGGGAUUCCCCUGGCCAGCGGACUGUUUGCGCCCUUCGGCUUUACGCUGCAGCCCUGGAUGGCAUCGGUGGCCAUGGCCGCCAGCUCGGUGAGCGUCGUCUGCUCGUCGCUGCUCCUCAAAAUGUAUCGGAAGCCCACGGCCAAGACGUUGCGCACCGCCGAAUACGAAGCUCAACUGCUGGCGGAGCGGGCCAAGCGCUCCAAGGGCUCCGAUUCGGAACUGGACAAAUUGUCGCUGCAUCGCGGCCUCGACGACCUGCCCGAGAUCAUGAACGGCAAACGAAUGGCGGCCUUCAAGCGCUCCAAUACCUCGCUCAUCUCGCGCAUCUUCGGCGCCAACGGCAGCGACAAUGCCAAGCACGAGGAGGGACUGCUCGAGGAUGCCAACGAGCGGACGCCAAGGAUUCUGCAGUCCCGCUACCUGGCUGACAGCACCGAGCUGCAGAAGCUCUAAGCAAGAACUAAAUUUACCGUUCCACACAACUAGAAAUCUGUAUAUAAGCAAAAGCAUAAGAAAAAUAUCUAAAGCAAUCAGAGAAAAAAACAAAAACAAAUUUAGUUCAUAUUUUUACUAUAUACAUAUAUCAUAUAUACGCAUUAUAUAAUUUAAUCUUUUUUUUUUUUUUUUUUUUUUUUGUUAUUCCGUUGUUGAUAAUUCUGUUUUUUGUACUCUAAUACUAUAUGUAUGCUAUUCUCGCUUUAUCCUUAAGUUCAGUUGUGAACAAAAUAUCUAAGACCACAUCAGACAAGACCAUAAGCACACAAACAACAACAUACAAAUAUGGACUAUAUAUUGUUACUUAUGCUUAAGUUAACAGAUAUGUAUAAACGGAAAGCUCAAUGUAAAUGUGUAUAUGUAUAUGUGUAUGUGUGUACCACAGUACAUGCCUGCAUGCAUGAAUACAACUAGCGAAACAACCGAGAUUUUUGAUAUACAACAUAUAUAUAGGCUAUAUAUACAUAUAUAUAUAUAUAUAUAUUUCUAGUAUAUGGCAAGUGCAUCUCCGUUCAAAUCGUUAAAUACAAAUAUUAAUUCAUAAUUAAUCAAGCACAAGUAAAUUUAACGACUUGGAAAAUGAAACAAAUUUUUGAUAGCAACAAUAUCAUAAUAUGAUACAUUAUAUAUUAUAUAGAAAAUACAUAUAUUUGUAAAGCUUAUACGUGUACAUAUAUAUGUAAAUAUAUAAAUAUAUAUACAUACAUAUAUGCAUACGAAUACAUCGAUGUAAAUAUAGACACAAACACAAACUGACGUGUAUAAAUAAAGAACAAAUAAAUGAUUGAUCCUAUACCAGCAAA